AUGCAUCCAACUGUCUAUGAUAUGCCUUAUUUGAUCCAAAAAUCGAAAGUGGAGAAAAAGCGAGUGGCAGAUUGUAGAAAUGUUAUCGAAGAAAUGAAAUCUACUCUGAUUUCCAAAGGUUACAGAUUGCCCAAACAAAUGACCUCUUUGGUUCUCAUCAUCACUCUCAUCCGUGAGACCUUCCCAAAGACGGAGAAUGUCAAGAAAGCUGUCGAAGAGUUUGUUCCAGGACCGAACUGUGUCUCAUUGGAUGUCUCCAAGCUCGAGGACGAUCACGGCUUGAAAGCUUUCACUGAUUACGACGUUGUCAAGGACACCGCUCAGUUUAUCAACUAUUAA